AUGAGUCUUUCAUUCUGUGGCAGUGAAGCUUCCUCCUACAACAUCUCCCAGGGCGUGUUGCAAAACCCUUGCUUCGUGGAUGCCCUCAACCUGGUCCCCCAUGUCUUCCUGCUGUUUAUCACGUUUCCAAUAUUGUUUAUUGGAUGGGGAAGUCAAAGCUCAAAAGUCCAAAUUCAUCAUAACACAUGGCUCCAUUUUCCUGGACAUAACCUGAGAUGGAUCCUUACUUUUGCUCUUCUGUUCGUGCAUGUGUGUGAGAUAGCAGAAGGAAUUGUCUCAGAUUCGCGCCUGGAGUCCAGACACCUGCACCUCUUCAUGCCGGCCGUGAUGGGCUUUGUGGCAACCACCACGUCCAUCGUGUAUUACCAUAACAUCGAGACGUCCAACUUCCCGAAAUUGCUCUUAGCGCUGUUUCUAUAUUGGGUGAUGGCCUUUAUUACCAAAACCAUAAAGCUGGUCAAGUAUUGGCAGUCAGGUUGGGAUAUAUCAAACCUCCGUUUCUGCAUCACUGGUAUGAUGGUCAUCCUGAAUGGACUCCUGAUGGCUGUAGAGAUCAAUGUCAUUCGGGUCAGAAGAUAUGUAUUCUUCACGAAUCCUCAGAAAGUAAAACCUCCAGAAGACCUCCAGGACCUGGGCGUACGAUUCCUUCAACCAUUUGUAAACUUACUGUCAAAAGCAACAUAUUGGUGGAUGAACACACUUAUCAUAUCUGCUCAUAAGAAGCCUAUUGAUCUGAAGGCAAUUGGAAAACUACCAAUAGCAAUGAGGGCAGUCACCAAUUAUGUUUGCCUGAAAGAGGCAUAUGAAGAACAAAAGAAAAAAGUAGCAGAUCACCCCAACUCGACUCCGUCUAUAUGGCUCGCAAUGUACAGAGCUUUUGGGCGACCCAUUCUACUUAGCAGUACAUUCCGCUACCUUGCUGACCUACUGGGAUUUGCUGGCCCUCUCUGCAUCUCUGGAAUAGUUCAGCGCGUGAAUGAUACUCAAACUAUGACGAAAACACCAGGAACUGCAGACACCCUUUCGUCAAAGGAAUUUCUUGAAAAUGCAUAUGUGCUGGCAGUUCUACUCUUCUUGGCCCUCAUUCUGCAAAGGACAUUUUUGCAGGCUUCCUACUAUGUCACCAUCGAGACUGGCAUUAAUCUUCGUGGGGCUCUGCUGGCCAUGAUAUACAACAAAAUCCUUAGACUCUCUACAUCUAAUUUGUCCAUGGGUGAGAUGACCUUGGGACAGAUCAAUAACUUGGUUGCCAUAGAAACAAAUCAACUCAUGUGGUUCUUGUUCCUGUGCCCUAAUCUUUGGGCUAUGCCUGUUCAGAUCAUCAUGGGGGUGAUCCUUCUCUAUAACCUUCUCGGAUCCAGCGCGUUGGUUGGGGCUGCUGUCAUUGUUCUCUUGGCACCAAUUCAGUACUUCAUCGCCACGAAGUUGGCAGAGGCUCAGAAGAGCACUCUUGAUUAUUCCACAGAGAGACUGAAGAAAACCAAUGAAAUACUGAAAGGCAUCAAACUUCUCAAGUUGUAUGCCUGGGAGCACAUUUUCUGCAAAAGCGUGGAAGAAACAAGAAUGAAGGAACUCUCCAGCCUCAAAACCUUUGCCCUUUACACAUCUCUCUCCAUCUUCAUGAAUGCAGCCAUUCCCAUUGCAGCCGUUCUUGCCACGUUCGUGACUCACGCCUAUGCCAGCGGGAACAAUCUGAAGCCUGCGGAGGCCUUUGCGUCGCUGUCGCUCUUCCACAUCCUGGUCACGCCGCUGUUCCUGCUGUCCACUGUGGUCAGGUUCGCCGUCAAAGCCAUCAUAAGUGUUCAAAAGCUGAAUGAGUUUCUCUUGAGCGAUGAGAUUGGCGAGGACAGCUGGCGAGCUGGGGAAGGUGCGCUUCCUUUUGAGUCCUGUAAGAAACACACCGGCAUUCAAUCGAAAACCAUCAACAGGAAGCAGCCUGGGCGAUACCACCUGGACAGCUAUGAGCAGUCCACCCGUCGUCUGCGUCCUCUGGAGACAGAGGACAUUGCAAUCAAGGUCACAAAUGGGUAUUUCUCUUGGGGCAGUGGAAUAGCUACAUUAUCCAAUAUAGAUAUUCGAAUUCCAACAGGCCAGUUAACCAUGAUUGUUGGCCAAGUGGGAUGUGGGAAGUCCUCGCUCCUCCUGGCCAUCCUCGGUGAGAUGCAGACCCUGGGAGGAAAGGUCCACUGGAGCAAUGUAAAUGAAUCUGAACCUUCUUUUGAAGCAACGAGAAGUCGGAACAGGUAUUCGGUGGCUUAUGCAGCUCAAAAGCCUUGGCUCUUAAACGCUACAGUAGAAGAAAAUAUUACCUUCGGAAGCCCUUUCAACAAGCAGAGGUACAAAGCUGUCACCGACGCCUGCUCCCUCCAGCCAGAUAUUGACUUACUACCAUUUGGAGACCAAACAGAGAUUGGAGAGAGGGGUAUCAACCUGAGUGGGGGUCAGAGACAAAGAAUCUGUGUGGCCCGGGCUCUCUACCAAAACACCAAUGUUGUCUUCUUGGAUGAUCCAUUCUCAGCCCUGGAUAUACACUUGAGUGAUCACUUAAUGCAGGAAGGAAUUUUGAAAUUUCUCCAAGACGACAAGAGGACACUUGUUCUUGUGACUCACAAAUUGCAGUAUCUAACACAUGCUGACUGGAUUAUAGCCAUGAAAGAUGGAAGUGUUUUACGAGAGGGAACUUUAAAAGAUAUUCAGACCAAAGAUGUCGAGCUUUAUGAGCACUGGAAAACACUCAUGAACCGACAGGAUCAAGAAUUGGAAAAGGAUAUGGAAACUGACCAGACAACGUUAGAGAGGAAGACACUCCGCAGAGCCAUGUACUCAAGAGAGGCGAAAGCCCAGAUGGAGGAUGAAGAUGAAGAGGAAGAGGAAGAGGAAGAUGAGGAUGACAACAUGUCAACAGUGCUGAGACUCAGGACCAAGAUGCCAUGGAAGACCUGCUGGCGCUACCUGACUUCUGGAGGGUUCUUCCUUCUCUUCCUGAUGAUUUUCUCCAAGCUCCUGAAGCAUUCGGUCAUCGUUGCUAUCGACUACUGGCUGGCUACAUGGACAUCAGAAUAUAAAAUCAACAAUACGGGCAAAGCUGAUCAGACCUAUUACGUGGCGGGAUUCAGCAUUCUCUGUGGAGCUGGGAUUUUCCUCUGCCUUGUCACAUCCCUCACUGUGGAAUGGAUGGGCCUCACAGCUGCCAAGAAUCUUCACCACAAUCUCCUCAAUAAAAUAAUUCUUGGCCCAAUAAGGUUCUUUGACACGACCCCCUUGGGUCUGAUUCUCAAUCGCUUUUCAGCCGAUACCAAUAUUAUUGAUCAGCACAUCCCUCCGACGCUGGAAUCUCUGACUCGCUCCACACUCCUCUGCCUGUCUGCCAUUGGCAUGAUUUCUUAUGCCACUCCUGUAUUCCUCGUCGCACUUGUGCCCCUUGGAGUCGCCUUUUAUUUUAUCCAGAAAUACUUCCGAGUGGCCUCGAAGGACCUCCAGGAACUUGAUGACAGCACCCAGCUCCCCCUGCUUUGCCACUUCUCAGAAACAGCUGAAGGACUCACAACCAUCCGGGCUUUUAGGCAUGAAACCAGAUUUAAGCAACGCAUGCUGGAACUGACGGACACAAACAACAUUGCCUACUUAUUUCUCUCGGCUGCCAACAGAUGGCUAGAGGUCAGAACGGAUUAUCUGGGAGCAUGCAUUGUCCUCACUGCUUCCAUUGCGUCCAUUAGUGGAUCCUCCAACUCAGGAUUGGUGGGUCUAGGUCUUCUGUACGCACUGACGAUAACCAAUUAUUUGAAUUGGGUUGUGAGGAACUUGGCUGACCUGGAGGUCCAGAUGGGGGCAGUGAAGAAGGUGAACAGUUUCUUGACUAUGGAGUCUGAGAACUAUGAAGGCACCAUGGAUCCUUCUCAAGUUCCAGAGCACUGGCCACAGGAAGGGGAGAUCAAGAUUCAUGACUUGUGUGUCAGAUAUGAAAAUAAUCUGAAACCUGUUCUUAAGCAUGUGAAGGCUUAUAUCAAACCUGGGCAAAAGGUGGGAAUCUGUGGUCGGACAGGCAGUGGGAAGUCUUCGCUGUCUCUGGCUUUCUUCCGAAUGGUCGAUAUAUUUGAUGGGAAGAUUGUCAUUGAUGGGAUAGAUAUUUCAAAACUACCACUGCACACACUUCGUUCCAGGCUCUCCAUCAUUCUGCAGGACCCAAUACUAUUCAGUGGAUCGAUUAGGUUUAAUUUAGAUCCAGAAUGCAAAUGUACAGAUGAUAGACUCUGGGAAGCCCUAGAAAUUGCUCAGCUGAAGAAUAUGGUCAAAUCCCUACCAGGAGGUCUCGAUGCGGUGGUCACUGAAGGCGGGGAGAACUUCAGCGUUGGACAGAGACAGCUGUUCUGCCUGGCCCGGGCCUUUGUGCGAAAGAGCAGUAUUCUCAUCAUGGAUGAGGCCACGGCGUCCAUCGACAUGGCCACAGAAAACAUUUUGCAGAAAGUGGUAAUGACAGCUUUUGCAGACCGCACCGUGGUUACAAUAGCUCACCGGGUUCACACCAUUCUGACGGCAGACUUGGUGAUUGUGAUGAAGCGAGGGAAUAUUCUAGAGUAUGACACUCCCGAAAGCCUCCUGGCUCAGGAAGACGGAGUAUUUGCUUCUUUUGUUCGCGCAGACAUGUGAAGGGGUGAUCGUGUACUUCAAAUAAGAUCCAAACCUAUUCCGAGGAUCACCAGCUGAACUUCAAGAAAUGGCAUCUUACAUUUUUUUCACAUUUCUGCUUAUGUUGAGGAACUUUGUAAUGAGUAACAGUGUCACUCUUAGAGAAAGUUUUUAAUUUCUUAAGUACCAGUUAACAUUCUUCCUGCUUCUCACUGCCUAGUGCCCAAAGGUAACACCGCUUACUGUGGACAUUACUAAUAUCCAUCCAAUGAUGAAGCCUCUUUCCCUUUAAGAAGAGCAGAUUUCAGGGCUGGAGUGGGUAGGGCAUUUGCCUUGCAUGCGGUCGACCUGGGUUCGAUUCCCAGCAUCCCAUAUGGUCCUCCAAGCGCUACCAGGAGUAAUUCUUGUGUGCAGAGCCAGUAGUAACCCUGAGCAUU